AUGUUUUUUCUAUUCGAACGUGGCUCUUCAAAUGCAGAGUCAUUUUAUAUUGUCAUUGAUACAAUAACUCUUAUUGAUCUUUAUUGUGAACCCAUCAGUACAAUAACAACAGCGACAACAAUAACAACGACAUCACCACCACCAACAACAACAAGAGUGACAGUGAUAACAGCAACAGCAAUAACAACAACGUACAAAGAAUAUAAUACUUCAAUGGAAUUUGACAGCAAUACUCUUAAUAACACUGACACAGGUGAUCGAUUAGCUAGAGAAACAAAUGAUAAUGUAAUUACUGUAAUUGAAUCAUUGAAGAAACACUUUAUUGAUGAAAAUGAUGAUUGUCCAAGAUUUUUUAUGGAUUGUUUAAAAAAAGCAUGCGAACAUGCUUUUAGUUCAACAAAAAUUGAAGAGCGUCGUCCAGUACUUGUCAACAUUCAAAAUAGAAAAAGUACAAUCAAUACUAUAUUUGAUUCUUUCAACAUUAUCGAUUAUUUAAAUGAAAAUUAUAUUGUAUGGACAUGGGAUAUUAAUUUAGAAUCGAAUAGAAUUUUACUUAACAAUAUGUGGAGAGAUGUAUUUUCAUGUGAAUUUCCAUAUAGUCGAAAUGUAAAAGAAUAUCCAAUAUUAAUUGGAAUAAUGAGAUUUUAUCAAGAGAAAAAAAUUGAUUUAUUUAUAUCAGCAUAUCAAUUUAAAAAAUUACUUCAAGGUGAAAUUUUACGAACUGAAAACAUUUAUAUUGAAAAGAUAUUAAUUGAUAAAUUAGCACUUUUUAAAGCAGAAUCCGACGAAAAUAAACGUAGUUUAGUAAGUUUACAUUGA